UUCCAUUCCGUACAAUACCGUAGCGUAAGCAGGAUAGUUCCCGACUGUGAUACUAUUGUAAUCCCCUCGAUCAUUGUAAAUACUCAAUCGUUAAUCGUUAAAAAUUGCAAACAUAUUCGCUGUACGCAUCUCCGAAAAUAUAUAAAAAUGGGUUUCAUAUCGAUAGUAGUGUCUCCUGUCAUUCGUGCUGACCAGGACUAUCAUCGACGAGAACUUUGGCACUUGAAACAAGAAAUAAAAGACGUCUUCAAGAAAUACAACAGCACCACGUGUUCCUACUUGUUGCGCAAUUUUGAGUCAUCAUUCUACGGAUAUCAAGAUAAUUUUGCUAUCGUCGAUUUUAAAAAGAAGGAAUGUGCUGCGAGAGCUCUGAAAGCCGUUGAGAAUGGAGAAAUAAGUAUUAACAGAUUAACGAUAACAGCGAAGCCAAUAGAAUUGACUCAUUGUCCAAUAGACAGAUUACCAGACAACUGUCUGCUGGAACUAUUCGAGCAUUUGUCCACCUACGAGCAAUUAAAAUUGUCAUCAGUCUGUAAACGUUGGGGUAAAGUGUCUCGAUCUCUCUGGAGAACAACAGCAAAGAUAGAUCUGCGUAACAAAUCCCUCGUGCACAAAAACAAAAAGUACAUAAUCAACAGUGGCUCACACCUGAAGGACAUUUACUGCUACGACGAUUAUGGAUUAAAAAUCAUCGGAGACCACUGUAAAAAUCUGGAGAGCAUUGCCAUAGAGUUUCGUAAAUACAUGACGAGAAGAGGACUGGACAGAGCCUGCAUCCAGUACGAAGGUCAGACAUUACAACAAUUCGCCAAUUUGACUCGUCUCAUGCUGAAGAUCAGAACCCCCCAGUACACGUACUUCUCCUUCCUCCAGAAUCUUCCAUCGACGAUGAUCGAGAUUCACCUCUUCAACGACAUUGAAAAGCCAGAGAGUGGCAGAGAGAGAUGGAUGAUCAGAAAGGAAAAACUAGCCAAGUUCGCAGAGCCACGAGCAAAAUACGGAAGAAAAACCCUGGACCUGUCCAGAUUUACAAACCUCAGAGCUCUGACCUUGAGGUGUUAUCACCUGGACGAUGACUCCCUGAUUGGACUGGAGAAACUGGAAAAAUUGAUCUGUUUACGUUUGGAUAGAUCUCACAUGUCCAAACUCACCAUCGGGAAAUUGAAAUUCUUCACGAAUUUGGAGCACUUGUCAUUGAAACGAUGUUCAGUUGAUUACGACGACAUGUGGCUCAUUCUGAAGAGGAACAGAAACCUCAAGUAUUUAGCUCUACCCCAAAUGUCGGAUUUUUACGACGAUGAGAAGAUCUGGCUUCGAGCGCUGGAGCUUGAGCACCUGAAGGUCCUCUGCUGGGUGGAUAUCGAGCGCAAGAUCAGGGAGUCUUCGGGAAGGUCGACAACAAUAGAAUACAUAGAGCUUCACGAUGUGUGUCUGUCAGACAGGAGAACCCUCCUGCUCCUCGAGGACUUCCCCAAUUUGAAAGUCCUGAAGCGAACGGGUUUCUACGGUUACCCCAGUGAUUGGUACUUAUCAGACGUUAGAAAUGUCAUUAUGAGCAGGCCUGACAAGGCCCCAAUGAGGUACUACCACGAGCCGCGAGUGAGGAGGUCAACUGAGAGGUACAUUCCCUUCCCAAGCUUCAACUCCGAGAAUUUUGAACACAGCGAGGUUGUGAGUGCUGAGGACGCCAGGAUAUUCAGAUGCAACGAGUGGGACGGCUGGUACAUCGAAGACUCAUCUGCAUCACCUGAUCCCCCAAAAACAAUCGAUGACCAGCCAGUGGAAUCCAUGACAACGUCCCCCUCGAUUAUCGAAGAAUUAUCUGACGAUUGUCUCAACAGAAUUUUCAAUCAUCUCCCACUGGAUGAUGAAUUAACUGCUGCAGAGGUUUGCAGACGAUGGAAAGAGGUUUUGGGAGAGAAAUGGGAGAACUGCAAGAAAUUAGACGUACGAGAGCUCUCGUGUCAUGAGAACAGGGAGAAAUGCAUGGUACAAUGUGGAAAGUACUUCGAGGACGUUUACACCUACAAGAGCUGUGGAUUCUCGGGGAUAAAGGCUCACUGUCCCAAUGUCAAGAGCCUGGGGCUCGACUUUGGGAUCAAGAGGUGCAGAUGCAGGCCAUCGUCGCGCAAGGAGCGCUACAGUUUACGCAGUUUGCAGCCAACGUUGAUGGGGUUGAAGCACUUGUGUCGUAUCAUGCUGAGGGACGCUCCUGUUUUUCAAUCAGACAUCUCUGAACAUUUGCCAGAGAGUCUGGAGGAGAUUCAUGUGUUCAAUAGGCGUCCAAUGAGUUUUGAAGAAUCGACAGAGCCCCAACAGGAGGACAAUGCGAGUGUCCUGGAUUUAUCAAGAUAUUCAAAGUUACGAGCUCUCACUUUGAUUGAAGCCCAGGUAAAUUAUCUGGAGCCUUCCAGGAAAUCUGUCAGGGUCAUUGGUCUCGAGAAUCUGGAGGAGUUGAUCUACCUCAGGGUGAGUCGUGUGGUAAUUUCUGAGGAGUCUGGGGAUCCUCUCAGGAACGUUAAGAAAUUGGAAUAUCUGUCGAUGCCUCUGUCGACGCUUUCAGCCGAUAAUUUUCGGGCUCUCAUCGAAAAUAAUAGAAAUCUCGAGUACUUAGACAUCACUGAUAAUUUCGAUGGGGUUCCAAUCAGUAAAUUCCUGCCUGUUUUAAGUUUGCGAAGGUUGAGGUACCUGCGAAUGGUUAAUAUUGCUGCACCUGGCCCAGAGCACAUAGGCUUUCAUGAUAUCCCUGAGGAGAUUGAGAUUGAUGGAAUGCAGUGUUUGGAGAUUUUUGAUUGUAAAGGACCUGAAGGACUGCCAAAUGAUCUAUUCCUUCGGAUAAUUGGGGCUUCUCAAAAUUUGAAGAUUGUCAACGUCAGUGUCAUUGAUGGCAAUUUGGCUGAGGAGCUGCUCGCUGUUGCUGGGAGCAAUGUGUUUGCUCGUCGGGGUCUAAAUACUCGUGUCAAGGCGUUUGUCGGGAUGGAGGGGUUCAGAUUGUCCAGAAAUUUGGGGCUGCAUGUGGAUGGGGUGAUACUUUCUGAAGUUCCCCCUCAGAAUUAUUGUGUCAUGGUGGAGAGAAGCUACUGGGGAGGAUGGAGCACUCAGGGUGACAAGGGAAACACCUCGAACUUGCUUUCAGAAUUAUUCAAAGUGAUCAAUCACUAACGCCCGAAGAGAAUAAACAAUAACAAUUAGAAGUUUGUGAAAAUAUUUGGAAAUAUUUCAAUUUGUAUUGAUGCUGUUGCCUUU